GCUCUCACACGCUGCUGGAAGUCCGUGGUACGGUAUUUCCAACAGAAUAACGCGGGGAUUUAAAUCGGAAGAAAAGCUGCGCGAAUUUGAUUAUCUAUCCAAGAUGAUGAAAAGGCGAUACUCAUAGUUUUACUCGGCUUGGAAUUGACUGGAUCUCGUCCAGUGUGCGAAGGGGAGGUUACUUUUCCCAGCAUCAACUAGCUGUAGCUGGCUGGCUAAUAUUACCACCCGGACCUUCUCGGCAUUUGCCCCCAGAGGAAGACAACACAGACACAAGAAUAAUCAUUAUAUUUGCUAGCAAACCGCAUGUUUUCCAUUUUUUCAGAAUGGCAGAAACUUAGCUAAUGUUUACAGGAACCUGCUAGCUUACUUGUGUGAGCUGUUAUUAACUUAGCUCGCUAGCUUAACGUUAGCUACGAUCAAAUUAGUGCUAACGUUAGUCUACCUAGGGUGCAAAAAAGAAAAUGGAAUAACAACAUUAGUCUUUCGUUUUGUUUUCCUUUAUUUUUGGACGUGUUGUGGCUUACUUAAGUUAGUUUUACUGUAAAUUUGGUUGAUUGUUAGCGAAGUAGCUAGAUGCGUUUUGUUGCUAGCUAUUAGUUAGCUUACAAGAAGAGCAGAGCAGAGACGUUUCAUGUAUUGAUGAUUUAUGCGUGUGAAUGUUAGCUAGCUAACGUUAGCUAGCUAAUUAAGUGGAUUGGAUGCUGAGUGAGGGAUGAUCUUACCGAAGUAGCUUGCCUGCAGGUUAGCCAGGCAACUGUCCAUUCCAUUUUCUAGCCAAGUCUGAUUAUAGAGUUGUACGUCCUGUUGUGGGCUGUUUUGGUAUCUGUCUUAACAGCUAGCGAAGUCACCAACAUUGGCUCCCGAAGUCUAGUAACUUCCUAGCUAGUAGAAACUAACUAAGUUAGUAAGCUUUUGUGACAUUUUGCUUUGGAAAGCGGUGAGUGCUUGGGAAACUGGUUGAUGCUUGCUGGCUUUUAAGUCAAACGGCAUUUGUUUUUUUUAUCUUUAUAUAACGGUGGUGAGCUUACUAUCAUUCGUUGUUUUGCGUUGCUGUCUUUAACUGGUAGACUAGGUAGCUAGAUAGUUAAGACUAACUUAUAACAUGCUAGUUGACCGAACAACGGCUGUUUUCUGACUUAAAGUGCUUUAGUAAGCUAGUUGCUACUUAAAGGGAGGGACCCCACAAGGAAAUGCCCAUCGCUGCAGCUGGUCAACCUACAACACAGGAGCCUCGUGUCUAUUCCCAGUGCCCUGCUAUUCCAGAUAACGUUACUGUCCCGAAACGGAACACUCGAUGUGAGGACACGGGCUUUCUGUCUCAGCAGCAGGCCGAUUACGGGGGCGCGGAGGGGGGAAGGGGUAUGGGUAGGCACAGCCACACCGGCAGGCUUUCACUAGCACCAGUGUCCUCCUCUCCGUCGCAAUCCCCUCCUACCCCCUCCCCCUUCACCUUCUCUUACAACCACCCGCAACCCCCGGCCAUGGAUCCCCCGAGGACUCGAUCGCGAUCGCGUUCUGGAUUCUACCAGUACGGCAUGAACAGUGGUGGUAACAGUAAUAACCCGAACAGUAACAAUAUUACCAACAGCGGAGGCAUCGGGAUCCAUCACCAACAGCACAACCCUGGACGCCUACCACUUGGAGCACAUAGUCCAACCGAGAACCAGCGUAACGUUACCCCAGGAAAUAACCUGUCAGUCGGAGCACAUCGACACACAGGCCCAGGAGCACACAGACACUUCGGUACAGGAGGAAUUGGGGCUGCCUUCCACUACCAUCCAGACCAUGCCUUCGGUGAGGAGAGUGACAAGAACGAGGACAGCCCCAGCCCAAAACGCCAGCGUCUCUCCCAGCACCCGGUCCUGGACCUGACCUCCGCUCCUCCCUCCACCCCCUCACCCCCCAUGCGCCCGUGGGAGCUGCCCCCCAGCCGCCGUCCGCACCCCCUGGCCCACCCGCACUACCCCCCCGAGCGCUGCCACACCCCCGCACGCAACCGCCGCAGCCCCCCGGUGAGGCGGCAGAGGGCCCGACGAGAGCGUCUGUCCCGCCACCACCACGUGCUGGGCUCCCCCGGCCGAGGGAGGGACGAGAACUACCGCCGCCCGCCCCACCACCCACACCAGAGCUACCCCUUCAGCCAGCCCGCCCCACCCCAGGGGCUGGAGGAGCCACGGGCCUUCCACCCGCCCACGCUGUCCCCCCGCCUGCUGCACCCCGCCGCCCACCCACACCCCCAGCAGCAGAGCGCCGUGGUGGUGGACCUCCACGAGCAGCUGCAGCAGGGCACGGUGCCGGUGUCCUACACGGUGUCUCCCGUGUCUGCUCAUGGCCUGCCCCCGCCCCUCUGCUCCUCCCAGCAGCAGGUCCCCGGAUGCUCAGUGGUGUUCAGCGGCCAGCACUACCCCGUGUGCAGCGUCCCCCCGCCCAUGCUGCAGGCGUGCUCAGUGCAGCACCUCCCGGUGCCCUACGCCUUCCCCUCCCUGCUCUCCAGCGACCCCCCGUUCCUGCUGCACCCGCCCCACCUGUCGCACCACCCGCCCCACCUGCCCCCCCCGGGGCAGUUUGUGCCCUUCCAGGCGCAGCAGUCUCGAUCGCCGCUUCAGAGAAUCGAGAACGAGGUGGAGCUGCUGGGAGAGCACCUCUCUGUGGGCGGGGGGUUCAACUACGCCCACUCCGCUCACCCCGGCUCCCUGCCCACCUCCACACAGCUCCAGUUCCUCUCCCAUGAGCCACUGCCCCAGGAGCUGUUUGGAGUGCCCUACCCCCACUUCAUGCCUCGACGAAUCACGGGCCGACGCUAUCGCUCCCAGCAGCCACUGCCACCCCCACCGUACCAUCCCAGCUUCCUGCCUUACUUCCUGUCGAUGCUUCCUGUGCAGCCCGCCGUGGGACCAGCCAUCAGCCUGGAGCUGGACGUUGACGAUGGCGAGGUGGAGAACUACGAGGCCCUGCUGAAUCUGGCCGAGCGUCUCGGAGAGGCCAAGCCGCGGGGCCUGACCAAAGCCGACAUCGAGCAGCUUCCAUCCUACAGGUUCAACCCCAACAACCACCAGUCUGAGCAGACCCUGUGUGUGGUGUGUAUGUGUGACUUUGAGUCCCGUCAACUGCUGCGUGUCCUACCCUGCAAUCACGAGUUCCACGGCAAGUGUGUGGACAAGUGGCUCAAGGCCAACAGAACGUGUCCGAUUUGCCGGGCGGACGCGUCGGGGGUCCAGCGGGAUUCCGAGUGAGGGGGCAGGGCCCGGGUCCCGCCCACGCACACAGACCCUCCUCCUCCUCCUCUUCUUCCUCUUCCUCCUCGCAUAUUCAGUCCAUACCUCCUCUUCCUGUCUUCUCUCCCCGCGGGGCUUCCUCCUUUCCGUCGUCCCUUCCCAGACAAACUCGCAAACGUGCACAAACACACGCAGACGGGCACAGUGCACGCGCGCGCGCACACACACACACACACACGGGCGGGUCCUACCCUUCCAACUGCGUGUCCACGUAUUAGAACUUAGAGGGGGAAAAUAAUAAUUGUGGUCUUCUCAGCUACAAGCGACAGCAGAAAUCUUGGGAUCGUUUGACUAACUGUGUGAUUGGAACUCCAAAGAUGAUUAUUCUUAUUAUUACAAGUAUUGAUCACUAUUAUGGUAUAAUUGAAUGUUUUCUAAUUGUGUUGUUGUUUUUUUUUUAUUAUAUAUAAAUUGCAUUUUUUUUCCUUUUUUUUUUUUCUUUUCUGUGUGUGCACUAACAUUCCCAGGUAUGUGAGAGCAUUAUUGUGUGUCUGUAUAUUUACCAUGACUGUGAGCAUGUCAUUUUUUGUGUAUGAGUAAAUAUAUAAAAUAUAUGGGGGAAAACAAACAAAAUUAACAAUGUUUUAUGAAUUGAGAAGUACAAAGAAUAUAUAAUAAGAAUUGGGAACUAUGGGGUAACUCAAUUACCUACAAUAUAGCAAUCUGUCUUAGACAAUUGAAACUGUGAGAUGUAUGGCUGACUGCAGCAAUUAUGUUACACAUGCGCUAAUGAUUUUCUUGUGAAUUGAGGGCUAGGCGAUAUACCGUAAACGAUAAUUAUUAAGUGCCAUAACAAUCAUUGAUCCUAUUCAAUGUUCUAUUGGCGUUGCCAUCUCUAUAUAUUACGUAGUUUAAGGGUGGUAAACUUCAGAAGCCAUGUGAAAAGCUUACGGGAGAAAUAAAAACAUUAUCACGGUUAUACAUCGAGUGACGAUAGGACAGCCAAUCGGCAGCGUGGUUGAAGAGCUUCCAUGUGAUGAUGUCAUGAUCAUGAUUUUGUGAAUGACGAUUAUGAAGAAGAUUCAUUCAUUGACACUGCAUAUAAACGCUUUAAUAUACUUAAAAACACUUAACAUACUUAAAUUACUUAUUUUAUAUUACUGCAAAUUCCAUCAAUUACUUGGUUAUACAAGUCGGGUAUUACAGUUUGGGAAAUCCAUAUUUUCCCUGUAAUUUGCAGGCUACUGCUUGUCAAAUGUUAGUAGCGUUUCCUUAAAAGCUGGUUUUUCAACCGUAUUGAACAGCCACAUUUCUUUUGCGAUGUAUAACAUCACACUGCCAGUUACCGCGUGCCAUGGGCUUCUGUUUAUAUUUUGACACCCAACUGAAGGUUUUUGCAAUGCUACAUUGCCACAAUGGACAUUAACUGACUGCUUUUGGGACGCCCAAGUUCAGCUAAUUGUUGUUCUGUUCAAUAAUCUGCUGCUACAUUGAAAUAGGGAGGUAAAGUGGAUGUCCCACUGAAUUGCAUUUCCGGUAUACUGCUAAAUGCUAUGCUUGUGCAUUUCAUCAUAGACAGCAGCAGCAACAACUUCAUAUAAGCAAACAAAGCAUUAAAGUGUUCUGCAACCACAAAAUGAAAAAAAUGUAUGUCUCUUGUAGGCUAUAACUGGCAACGGUGUGGAAGGCAGUUCAUUAAUACAGAAAGUCACUUUUUAGCACAAAUUAAAGCACAAUACUUUCAAAUAUAGCACUGACUGAAUUCAAACGAACAAUGCAAAUUGGUUGUGGUUGGCUCCAGUUGACUGAAUCACGAUCAAAGUACAAUUGUUAUGGCUCUAAUGACAUAUGUUUUUCACAACCACAUAGAAGCUGCUAGACAGAUUGGCUGUUUAAUGUCUCAUUGGUGAUGGUUGUUAUAGCAUUCGGUAGUCAUUAUUACAGUAUAUCGCCUAGCCCCAAUUGCGUGCAUCUGUGUGUGUGAGCAUGUGAUAUUGAGCGCCAUCGGUCAUCUUUCUGUGUUAUUUAUGCAAUACUUGUUCAGUACACUGGUUUUCUGUUCUUCUAGACUUCCCUUCCGUAUAAGAUGUGCAGAGAUGGAAGUUUUUUUCAGUUUUAAAGCACGCUGGUCUUUUACUGUACAGCGUCCCCCCUCCCAUCCAAAGGGCAGCAUGUCACCAAAUAGCAUCGUUUUCCCCAAACGCCCCGACCCUCGUUUGUUCCCGUCGAGUCUGAAGUCACCCUCUCCGUCAGAGGUGAAGACCGCGGGGUAUGACAUCGAGGGGGAGUGGUGGUGGCUGUCGUUCUAUGUUCGUUGAGGCCUUCGGGCACCAGCACGCCGAAUUAUCCCGCGUCAAUCGAAGUUUGACGGUCCACGGGAGACGGGCGCGGCUUCCACGCCACCCGGGUGAGGAGUUCCGGUCGGUUCCAUCGAUUCCUCCCGACCCGAAGACCAAGUCCUGCAGUACGCAUGCUGGAGGGCGGGGUUCGACGUCCAACCCCACCCCAUCGAAACACGCGAUUGGUUAAUGACAAAUCCCGCCUUUCGAAAGCUUGGAAAUUGACUAGGUGGCAAACUCAUCAAAGGGCGGGGUUUGACUGCAGCCUGCGGGCAGAAGCUUCUUAGCAGGUUGGCGCUUUCUAAAAUGGUGGGUUUGCCGUUAAUCCCACUCUCGGGACUGGAGAAAGUGAACCAGUAUGAAAAGAUGGGGAAGGGUUUCCACAAACAAACCAGGCCCUGGGUUACUACCUGGGCGCUUUCACACUGGACAAGCUGGGAAUAUUCAUGUUGUUAUUAUUGUUAUUACUUUAUGAUUAUUUAGGUAAAAAGUCAGUUUUUGAUAGACCUGGCAUGCGGACCGAACUCCGCUAGCAUGCGCACCUGCUGCAGAAGCUGCCAGCGGGCUACGGAAAGCUCUCCUCUCGAGUCUCUCGAGACGUACGCGUGUAUUAUUUUAUUUUUUCCGCGAUGUGGUUACACUUUUUGCUGCACUAAAGGGAAGCACAAACUCUUUCGAUAAUUGCUGCAACAGCUGCCAGCUGAAACUCUCGCUUUCUCGGGUGAUCGCCUGGAGUCCAUUUUGCCCUGUCGGCAUGGAAUUCACAGUUCUAAUUCUGCCACUGGACAAGGCCAGGCUACUUUCUUCUCAGUGUGUGGCGGCCAUUUUGUUCGGGUUUAGUAUUUUAGCAUUUGCUCAAAACAACAGUAAUGAGCUGAGGCUGCACAAUGAGGCUUCCACAAACCCUGUUAUUCCUAUUCCUCGGUUGUUUUAGUCUCUCUUUACGCAACCUUAUGUCACUUCUCAUCCACCUAUCUCCAGUGAAUACAUUUACCAGCUUCCUCCACCCUGCGUACACCAACCUCCCACUCUCCCUUGUCCGUCUCACUCAGAAUGUCAUUAGAAUAACCAAUUCCGAUAUGAACCUGCAGUGUCUUAAUACCAGUUGCCUUUUCUACACAAGUCCGUAGCUGAAACGUCGAUAUCCUUUAUUCACUCCUCUCCUGUCGAAUGUACCCUCCGUCUUUACGUCUCCUUUGGGGUUAGGCAGCCUGCAUGUUACCUUUUUCAUAAUCAUCGUUGUGUUAUUGCAAAUUAUUAUUAUUUUCUUUCUGCUUGGUACACUUGCAGUUACCUCAUUUUUAAUAUUUAUGUAUUUUCAUAAUUUGCUUAACCAACAUGAGAGCUUUUGGGGUUUUUUUGUUCAUUUUGUUCUAUUAAAUUUACAAAACCAUCCUUUACCUGGACAUUGUAGUGUCAUAUGUAUUACCUUGUAACCAAAAUCAUUUGAAGGCUUGAUAUAAACUUUUUAACAAAAAAAAGAAAGAAAAAAAACGUUUGUACAUUUUUAAUGAAACUCACUAGUAAUGCUUUACUAAGUAUAGCAAUGGAUUCAUUUUAUUCCCUGUGCCCAAUGUUUUCGGAUUUUAGAGGGUGGUUAAAUAAAUGUAUAACGUACACUGA